AUGACUUUAACAAAAGGCUCCUUCACCUAUUCCAGCGGUGAGGACUAUCACGGAGAAUGGAGAGAAGGAAGAAGACACGGCAUGGGCCAGCUCUUAUUUUCGGAUGGAUCCGACUACAUUGGGCAGUUUGAAAACGGGCUUUUUAACGGCUACGGGGUUUUAUCCUUCCCAGACGGCUCCAGAUAUGAAGGGGAUAUUUGUUCAGGGGAAAUUCCACGGUGCGUCUUCACCCCUAUGACUUUGAAGUACGAGGGGGAAUAUAAGGCCAUCGGGUGGAAGGUACGGCCUGCUGACCUUUCCUGACGGUUCCCAUGGGAUUCCGAGAAACGAAGGUCUCUUUGAGAAUAACAGACUGGUGAAGAGAGAGAAGUGCCAAGCGGUGAUCCAGAGGGCCAUAAGUGCCUCCAAAGCCUCCUGCUGCCUGGCGGUCAACCAAGUCUGA